UUCUGACUAAAUUAAUUGCAAAAUGAACAACGAAAGGGAUGAGGAGUACAGCAAAAUCGUGCCGCAGAAGAUGGCAUAUCAUAUGGUGCCGGGCUCGGAGUUCCAGUGCAAAGUGCCCAUGUCGAUGUCGAUGCCGAUGCCGAUGGCGAAGCAAAAGGUGCGCAAAUUGUCGACCAUCGAUGAGCAGGACCACGAUGCGGCCAAUCGGCGAGGCAUGAUGAACCAGAUUUUAUCCACUUGCGCCGUUCUUUUGCUCUCUGCGGGAUGUGGCAUGCCCAUUGGUUACUCGGCGGUUCUGUUGCCACAGCUCAGCAUGAACUCGACGGAGGUGCCCAUAGAUGUCAGCACCGGCUCUUGGAUAGCCAGCGUACACAGCUUGGCCACGCCGUUCGGCUCGUUAAUCUCUGGACCACUGGCCGAUUACCUGGGCCGCCGCAGAACUCUGCUGGUGUCGGUAAUACCCCUGUUCCUGGGCUGGAGCACCAUGGCCAUGUCGUACUCUGUGAAGGCGCUGAUAUUUGCGCGCUUCCUCUGCGGCUUUGCGACUGGAAUUCUGGGCGGACCCGGCCAGGUGUACAUUGCCGAAACAGCAGAGCCGAAUCUGCGCAGUCUGCUCAUUGGCGCUCCGUACGUGGCCUAUUCGUGCGGCAUUCUGUUCGUCUAUUCGCUGGGCACCAUUCUGUACUGGCGCGACGUGGCCUGGUGCGCCAACAUCCUGCCGGCGCUGGCUGUCGUCUCCAUCUACUUCAUACCGGAGACGCCGGCUUGGCUGGUGCGCAAUCGCUUAGAGAAACGCGCGCUGCAGGCGCUCACCUUUCUGCGUGGCAGCGAGAUCACCGCCCAGAAGGAGUUGAACGACAUGAAGGUGCGCUUGGAGAAGGAGCGAGCCACAACCAAGACGAAUGAGAACAUCUUCAAGCUCUGCUGCCAGCGUGUGGCCAUCAAGCCGCUCUUCAUUGUGAUCGUCUUCUCGCUGCUGCAGAUGUUCUCCGGCACCUUCAUUGUGAUCUUCUACGCCAUCGACAUCAUCUCCGAGUUUGGAGCCGACUUCGAUACGAAUCAGGCGGCUAUUUGGACAGCGGCUGUGCGUGUGCUCUGCUGCAUGAUCUUCUGCGGCAUUCUGAUCUUUGUGCGCCGCCGUCUCAUCAUGGUCAUCUCGGGCAUUGGAUCGGGCGUCUUUUGCCUGGUGCUAAGUGUCUUUAUGUACAUCCGUAUGGGUCAGCCCAAGAUGCCCUACGACGUGCUCGUGGCAGGCGGUUGCCUCCUCGGCUACAUCGUCUUCAAUACAGCUCUGAUGGUAAUGCCGGGCAUCAUGAUCGGGGAGCUGUUUCCUGCUCGCAUUCGUGGACGCACAGCUGGCGGUGUAUUCGCCUCGAUGAAUGUGGCUUUAUUCAUAUUUGCCAAGGCCUUUCCGGCGCUGCAAGCGUUUCUGAAGAUGCGCGGCGUUUUCAUGGUCUUUGCCGCCUCCAGUUUCCUGCUGACAGUAUUCAUGUGCCUGUUCCAGCCGGAGACAAAGGGCCGUAGUCUGGAGCACAUCGAGGAUUACUUCAAUGGGGACAAUUGGCUCUGGCUGAAGCGUGAUCGUGGCUACAAGACGGUCAAGCUGCUGCCCCUGGAGCCGCUGGCGGAGAAUCGUCCUCUGCAGCGCAACGUAGAACAUGCCUAAGCAUAGAAUUGUUAAUUAUUAGUUUUAAUACAGGGCUCUAAGAUUCCGUAAAUUGUUAGCUAGUAUUAUGCAUAGCUUCUAAGAGCGCUGGAGUACCUCGUAGCAGUAAUCUUAGUGUCUUUCCAGUGUUCCUUAGUAACUCCUAUAAAUCACCAAA